UGAUUCAUCAGCCCUGAGAUGUUGGAAUUGCGAAUCAGCUGGUCUGUUUAUGAAAGACUGAAACGUCAGAAUUCUGAGUAAGGUUAGAAUGGGAACGUUUUGUGAGAAGUCUAAGAAAGCAGUGGAAUUAUGCUGUAUUCAGCACGAAUAGUUUUGUUUAAAAUUUAGAAGAUAUUUUAGAGAUACGUUUCAGAGGAGAGCAUGAAACCAAACGAAGAUAUGCAUGGUUCUGUGGAAGAAGUAGAGUUGGAUCCCUGUGAUCUUUAUGUUAGUUUGGGUACACUCAUUGUUGAAGGUCGACUGCCUGGGCUUACAGAGAGAGGUUAUGGGGGAGGUCCACACUGUUUACCACCUCACGGUCAAAACAGACAUGAAUGUGACCUUAAUAAUGAAGUAUGCCAGCGACAGGCUGUUUUACUGAAACAUAUGCUUCUUCUUUGGAAAAAUGGCAUUCCCAUGUCCAUUGAGGUUAUUUUACAUCCUGACUGUUGUAAGCUAGAAAACUUUGAGAGUCUAAACGUUGAAGCAUCAUCUAAUAUUGAUACAUCAUCUGUUCUGUUAGAACAGUGGAAUGUUCACAUGCUACCAAAAAAAGUUCCCGAUGCAAAUACAACAUCUCGAGGGUUGAUCCUAGCAGUGCGCUCUUUUUUGUAUUUUUCGCAAUUAAGUGCCUGGCUUAAUCUUUCAGGAGGAAAAUUUCCACAAAAUGUACAGUAUAGAAUCUGUGUCCCAGGAGAAGCCUUUUCAAACAAAUUCUCCAAACCACCAGAAAUGCAUGUUUUUCCUUUGGCAAAUGUUGGAAGAAACAAUGCCAUGAAAGUAACAGUGCGAACAUUACCCCGUGAUGUUCAUAUUACUUUACAAUGCAAGGUUCAUGAAAGGCCAAAUACAGAAGAGCAUAAGAAUACAGGGACUUUCAACAAAACAAAAAUUGGCAACAAAGAUGAAACAUUUUCAGAAUAUGACAAGAAAAAGUUCAUCAGUAGUGACCAAAGAUCAAGAAUUGACAAAUACUACAAAGGAAAAGCUGACAGAUUAUUUGAAAAAGUACCAUCACGAACCUCAAGUCCUGCUGAUUCCAUGUUGGGAGACAGUCUUCUCGAUCCACCACAAUCCUUACAGAUGUAUCCUAAACGUUACCAGUCACCCUCCCGCAGUGGCAGUCCCAGUAUUGAGGCUCCUGAAAGGCUUAUGCUGGGUCCUAGUUCCUGCAAGAGGGAGUAUGAAAAGCAAAAGUGUUGUGUUUAUAGAAGACCUCAGCGUCGUCCAGUUGUGGAACGCUUUUUGAAAAAUGAAUUUGGAGGAGUGUCUUCAGGGUCAUCUUUAAAAUAUCCAGAAGUGAGUUUGGAUUUUGUGAAGUCGGAAUCAGUAAAACAGAAAAUAAGUAGCUUAACCAAAUCAAGUGAAAUGAGCUCAUAUUAUUGUGAUGCAUCAGUUACACCUACCUUGCCAAACCAAGAAAUGCAGUUUGUGCUUGAAAGAUUACGGCAUCAGUUUCCACGCAAUAAACACAUCACUAAAUCUACAGACCUGUAUCAUACUAAUUCUGUGCAAUACAAACAUAAUUUUUACUUGAAUAUACCAAGGAAAAAAAUUCUUCCUCAGUCCUUCGAAAGCUCGCAUCCCAAACCAAACCAGAAACAUGAAUACAGCUCUGAUAUUCCUUCCAUAAAAAAUGAAGUAUCAAAAGAUUCUGAUCAAGAGCUUCAAAGCAUUGUUUCAGCUUUUUCAAACCUUCACUUGGAACCUGUUAUUAAAAAUGAAUCAGUCAGUGCAAAUACAAAACAAAUUUCAUAUCUACAAACUUGUAAUACUAGUUUAUUAAAUUGUGAAACAAAGCAAUUUUGUGAUACCUCAGAGGCCUUAAAGGCAAAGAAAGAAACUGCAGGUAAAGCAUAUGAGAUGGUGGAGAAAGGAUCCCAAACCAUGUUUUAUUUUCAACAUGACCAUGAAAGCUUGGAGACAGAAAACUCAACAAAUGGAUUUUCGCAGGCUUCUUCUGAAAUCCUUUGCACUUCAAAAGCAUUAGAUGAAAACCCUGGUAUGCAAGAGGAUGAAAGUGAUACUUCUAUAAAAGCAAAACAAGACAAAAAUGACAACGAUCAGCAAGACAUAAAAUAUCAGAAACUUCCUCAUUGUAAAACAUGGAGUGAAGGAUUAAGUCAGCUUCGUGCUAAAGCCUGUUUGGUUAAAAGGAAUCGUCUCCUGAAGCAAAUUUUACCUGGAAUUCAAAAUGGUUCAUCCUUGUCUGUAUCAGAGAAUCAAAAGGAAGUAAGAGCAUCUGGGGAUAGCAGAGUACCAUCUGCAGAAGCCAAAGCCAAGUUUAGACGUUCACUUGACAGUGCCACUAGUUUAGUAUUUUAUAAGUCUAGUGGGUUGCCUCUUACAUCAAGUCCUGCUCCUAUACGAAAAUCGGGAACUUGCUUUGAUUUUGACAGCUCCUUGACAUCAGUGUCAGCCAUUAAGAGGGCUUUGUUUGAAAAGAACCCUGAGGAAGAUGACCAAAGUAACUUUUUAAGUAUCAGUGCCCCACCAUCCACAACUACAAGUAGCUUACUUUGCAAUUUUGAGGAAUCUGUUUUAAAUGGUUGUCUAGAGCCAGUUAGUACAGUAGAGGGAUUUACUGCAGAAAUUGGUGCUAGUGGAUCAUUCUGUCCCCGCCACAAGACAUUUCCUGUCACUGUGUUCUUCUAUACUUUAGAAGAAGUUGACAAAGUUGUUUCCCCCUAUCUUGGUCACAUCAGUCUAGGGAGGAAAGGCUACCAUGUUCCAAAACAAGGAACUGUUCAAGUGACUUUAUUCAAUCCACACCGAACAGUAGUCAAGAUGUUUGUAGUGAGGUAUAAUCUGUCAGACAUGCCACCAAACUGCCAAACUUUUCUGCGUCAGCGAACGCUCUACAUGCCAGUAGGAGCUUCUCAAAAUGAUCCCGAGGCUCGAAAAUGGCUGAGGUAUCUCGUACAUCUCAGGUGUGUAAAUUAAUUAACCUUGUUUAAGGGUUUGAAAAAGAAAUUUAGAUCUUCUUAAAAAAUAAU